AGGUUCGUUAUGAUGAAGAAGUUGGUCGCUGUGUGCUGGAACCGAUAGAGUUGGCGCAGGAAUUCCGAAAGUUUGAAUAUAGUUCACCGUGGGAUCAGUUCCCGAAGUACAAACCGCAAUCUAACGCUGAAGAAAAACCAAAACACAUAGAAGGUUCGGAAGAGAAAAAAUAAAUACUCUAGUUUAAGUUAUUUGGAAUAUGUUAUUUCUUUAGCUAAUAAAUGACUAUUUGAAAGAGAAAGAAGAAAGAAGUGUAUUAAAGAAGAACAAGAAAAUAAAGAAGUUAUUUUGAUACUGGAAUGAUAUAGAAUGAUUUUGUGGGUUUGUGGGACUUUACAUGCGUAUACAUGAAUUGGAUUGUAUUGUUACAUGAUGACUGUAGUAAUUUUUAAAAUUUUGUUAAAACUGAA